UCAGCAGGUGAAACCAGCAUUUUAUUCUUCCUGGGAUGUUUGCACACGGCACGCUGGCAUAUCUUAACGCGUGACCUGCCUCCACGGUCUAUUGACCUGGCUACCUGAGUUUUGUCUCCAGGAGCGAGCCGACUCUGAUACCCAGCUUUAAACGAUGAGCGAGGAGAAGUACCGCGUCUCUGACGACGCACCCCCCGGGGAUAUGUCGCUUGCAUCUGCACCCCGUCCCCAGGACCCUACCCUUGGUCAGACAUCCUACCAACAUCAACCUGCCUACCCUCAACAAACCCCCUCGGAACAGCCGCCCUAUCCACAGCCACUCCCACCCUCAGGUGAAGCCCCUGCCUACACACAUGCACCCUCGGGACAACCACCUGCCUACCCGCAAUUACCCCCAGGACAACCACCUUACACACAACCGCCUCCUGGACAACCGCCUGCCUACUCGCAUACAUCCCCAGGACAACCACCUUACACACAACCACCCAUGGGGCAACCGCAGUACCCCCAACCACCCCCGGGACAACCACCCUACCUACAACCUGCCCCGGGCCAGCCCCAAGGAUACGCCCAUGGAAACCUCCCACCCCACGCCACAGGAGGGUACCCAGCGGGACCAGCGGCAAGUACAACUGUGGUCAUCAAUCAGCCCGGGGGCGCCGUGCUCGGCAACACCAUCAGGUACAGGAGGACUCCCGCCCUCAUCAUCUGCCAGCACUGCAGCGCCACGGUCACCACCUCCGUCGACGACGAGACCAGUACUCUGCAGUGGAUAGCGUGUUUCUUCAUGUGUAUAUUUGGGUGCGCGCUGUUUUGCUGCUUAAUACCGUUCUGUAUAAGCGACUUGAAGGACGCAAAGCACUCGUGUCCCAAUUGCAAGCAGCUCGUUGGAAAGUUUUCUCAAAUAGGUUGAAAUAGUUUGAAAUAAUACUCGAGAAAGGGACCGUCACUGCUGGUUUGGUAAAUGAGACAAAACAUAUUUGCCAUGUUACACAAUCAUCUGAACAGUGUCUUGGUGUCCAGGGAACCUAAAGAUUGACCUCAGACUUGUGCAUCAUGAACCUGUUUCAGGUCACAUGGCUUCUUCAUCUGUCCAUAUAUUGCUUGCGAGAGGCCUGUGUAUAUCUUUAACAAGUAGGAUGUAUCUGAUAGAGAGGAAAAUACUUUCACCGGAAGAGUGUCACAAUGAUGUUUUUUAUUCAUUAGAGUCGCUUCUGUAGGCUUUGUGUAUAUACAUAUAUUUUGCAUUUUACUAUAUGUAAACCAUUUGGGAUAUCAGGGUACGAUGUCUGUCGUCAGACGUGACAAAAUGAAGCGGGUGGUCAGGCUGGGUGACUUGGUCGAUUGCAUACAACAGUUCCGAUUGUGUAGAGCGAUGCUCAUGCUAUCACUCACUUGAUUGUCCAGGCUCGAACAUUUCUACACCACUACCACAUACUUUGAACAUUGAUGAGUGUCGCGUUAAACAAAUUUACCCCACGUAAUUAUUGUUCCAACCCUUUGGAUGAGGUCAUUUUUAAGACAUUAUAAUAUAAAUAAUAUGAUGUAUUUAGCAAUCUCGGUAAAUCUGUUUUAUAUUUUAGACGACGUCAGGAAUACCUAGCUAUGAGCAUAUGUCAUACAAACAUACGCCUUAAAUAGACAUGAGAUAUAGAGCGUCACUGCCUGUAGGAAGGCUGGGGGCGGGGCGGGGGCGUGGGCGGCACAGGUGUCACUGUAUGUUGGAUGAAUGAUGGGUGGAUGAUGGGUGGUGGGUGGAUGGAGUCGAUGGAUGAUACUGAUAGAAUAUUGGGUUUGAGCUACAAAACAUCGUUCACCGUAGUCAUUACAGAAACUACACAGUAUAAAGAUAUGACACUGUUCAGUCACUCAGUCAAUACCGUUACUCCGUAAGUAAAAGAGCCACAGUGAAAAGUGCAAGGUAAUUGUUUCAACGCUAUGUUAAACUACAGACAGUUAUAUAGCUCCAGAUGGUUCGUUGUUUGCCUGUGUCGUGUCUGGACAUACCAUACUGAUUUCAAUGACACUGUACGUAUGUUUAAAAAGAAACUAAACUUGUGUUAUUCAUUCAGACGCUUGUAAAUUUCAUUUGCAAUAAACAAUAAUGAAUA